AUGUCUAUCAUGGGCUUCAGAGAUGAUAAUGGUACUUUGGAAGAUGACUAUGAUCUCUUCAUGAAUGAAAAGAUGGAUGUACAGCGUAGGGCAUUAGCUAACCGACUUGCCAAUGAUGAGGGGUUACUGUGGACGGACCAAGAUGUUGAUUUACUACUGGAUGAAUUAGAAAUUGAAGUUGGGGAAGGCACGAAUCAAUUUUUGUAUCAAGAUGAGCGCAUCGUCUAUUGCCAUCACUUAUCACAGACCAUUCCCUUUAGUCAACACAAAACCCCAAAUCAAGUCCAUGAUAAAAUCAUAUGGUUAUGGACAACUUGGGAAGCGAUAAGCCGAGCUACGGGAAAAUCUUGGUGGUUUAUUUCUGAGCGAGACAAAGCUCAGCUGUCGCUCAUGUCUGACGAUAAAGAUCAAUUACUCAAGGCUAAAUUCAAAUAUUUUGAUAAAUGCGACCGCAUAUUUGCAUAUAUAAAAAAAGAUGAAGGCGAGGACGAUGAUAACAGCACAAUAUUGGAUAAUUCAAAUAGCAUUUACUAUUAA